GAACCUGCGAACAGACUCAGGGAAGAAGGUAAAGCAUCCUUAUAGCCAACCCCAGCACAUAUGCAUGCACUGCAUUGUAUGGAAUAGGACACACAGAAGGACUAUGCACAGACGUUCACAUCACAGUGUGCCAAUAAAGAAGAGACAUGAAUUAUCUACUGCUAAUGGUGACAACAGUUGCUAUACUGCAGACAUGCAGUGCACAGAAAAUCAUAAGGUUCACAGCCUGCUUGAUGGGUCGUGGUCCAACGCUACGGUUAGACUGCCGAUAUGUCAACAUUACCAACAAUCCUAUGCGCUAUGAAUUCAGGGUGACACGUAGAAAAGAUCCUGAGAUCAUCCUCAGCACCAUCAAUCUUAACCAUUUCAACGAAAAAUAUCACAACCGCGCUAGUGUGUAUACAGAACGAGGCCUGGUUCAGCUGCACAUUCAGCGGUACAACUCCUCCGACUUAGGCCAGUAUACAUGCACUCUAAACAUUCCUGAAGACCUCACCAUCAACCAAACAGUAUCCAUCAACGUCAGCAAAGAGAGGCUGUUGAGAUGUGGUGCAGUCAGUAUCCUCGCCCUGAAUACAUCAUGGUCUCUCGUCUUGUUUCUCUUCCUGCCUUUACUUCAAGCUGGUGGCUUCUUCUAAAUACUGGCCAAUAUUUA